CAGAGUGGAGAGAAGGUCCAGAAAUCAGCUAAAAGGGCAUUUUCCAUAUUAAUUGCUGUCCGCAGAACUGCCUCGUUUUAGUUUUAUAUUUCAACAGCGAGACUCGCGGCUCUUCGUGGGAAUAUGACGUUUCCAUAAACUCCACGCCGCGUCUCGCGUGUGUGGGUGUGUGUCUGUGAGCGCGUAUUGCGUGAGUGCCUCAGUGACGCUCCACAGCCCAGUGGCUUAGUGUUGUUCUCGCAGAGCAGACAGACAGACAGACAGCCUGCUGGAUUAGAUCGACAGAAUAGAAACUGCUAGUUCUUCAUUUUUUAAAAACUUUUUUAACAUAAAAAGUCUGGUUUGACUUUCAUAACUUCUCUUUUUUUGGGGGGUGGGGGGAUCAUCGCGCGUUUUUGAACAGUUUCGUGGCGGCUCUCAAACCGGUAUGGAUUUGCCACUGUCUAGAGAAGGCACGCCGUGUGGUCCGCUACCAAAGUUUUGAUUGUCACCGUUGGUCUGGAGUAACAGAGGAAGGCGCUGAACUUUGACGCACACGUGAGGACACCUGAAGAAAAAUAUCAAACUGCCGGAGCGUCUCUUUACUCUGCUAUCUACCAUCUCUCAUGGGGUGACCCACAUAGAGCUUCUGAGACGUGACUGUAGGACAGUCUCCCUCCCAGCAUCCUUCCUGUCCUUUACUUAAAGGCAAAAACUACUGGCAUAGACACUCUGAGCAACACUGUGUGAAUGAAUCUUUGUCGUAAAGCCGUUGUGCAUUGCCGCCCUGUCAUCAUGGGGAGCAAAUAUUCCCAGUACUACAAUACGACUGUGAUUCGCUUAUACUACACCUAUGCUAAAAACAUGACCGAGGAGGAAAUGAGGGAAGACAUUAAGAAAAAACAAAAAGAACAUCCCUCCGGUCUCGAAAUAUUGAUCAUCAUCCUUUGCACAUUCAUCAUCCUUGAGAAUCUGAUGGUCCUGACUGCCGUCUUCCGCAACAAGAAGUUCCAUUCGGCUAUGUUUUUCUUCAUCGGCAACCUGGCAUUCUCUGACCUGCUUGCAGGCUCAGCAUAUAUAGCCAACAUUUUUCUAUCAGGGGCAAAGACAUUUGAGCUGUUCCCAAUACAGUGGUUCAUCAGGGAAGGCACAGUGUUCAUUGCUCUGUCAGCUUCAGUCUUCAGCCUGUUGGCAAUAGCUAUAGAGCGCUAUAUCGCUAUCACCAAGGUAAAGGUGUAUGGCUCGCACAAAACAUGCCGAAUGUUUCUGCUGAUCGGAGCUUGUUGGGUUACCUCCAUCCUUCUCGGAGGACUCCCCAUCAUCGGCUGGAACUGCAUCGACAACCUCCCUGAAUGCUCGGCAGUUUUGCCACUUUACUCUAAGAAAUACAUUGUGUUUGUCGUCACUGUUUUCAGCCUCCUACUACUCUCUAUUGUCAUCCUCUAUGUGAAAAUUUAUUUGAUUGUACGCUCCAGCCACCAGGAAGCAACCAACUCACAAGCCUAUUCCCUUUUGAAAACGGUCACAAUAGUGCUGGGAGUCUUCAUUGUCUGCUGGCUGCCCGCUUUUACAAUUCUCCUUCUGGAUUCGUCCUGCAGCAUAUAUUCCUGCCCUAUCCUCUCCAAAUCAAGCACCUUUUUUUGCAUUGCCACCCUGAAUUCUGCGCUUAACCCAGUGAUCUACACGCUGCGCAGUAAGGACAUGAGAAAGGAGUUCCUCCGUUUGAUUUGCUGCUGGGGCGUGCUGCAAAGUGGGCGGCCUUCUGAACGUUGUCUGGUCCCUCUAAAGAGUUCCAGCUCUCUGGAACACUGCACCAACAAACUUGAACACCAGAAAAUGCCUAUUAUGAAAGAAUGUACCACCUGCGUUUGAUAGGGUCCAAGGAUAUCAUGUGUAUUCGUGUGAGAAAGAGAAACGAGCUAGCACGUCCUGGAUCUAAGACAUGUGGGUGAGGCUGGGACAAAGCUGUCUUUGAGACACAGACUUAAAUCUCCUAUUACAAUUGAUACUGUGUGAAUUUAUAAUCGGUAUGCAAUUAAAAUCACCCAUGCAGCUGGUGUAAAAAUGCAAGAGGAAACCAACGUAGUAAGUGAGAAACCAAAACGUUCUUAUGGGUACUUUUCUCGAUUGUGGAGCAAACCAUUUUCACGUAUAUACCUACGAUCGUGUUCAUCUUUUAAAUGUGUUAAACCCUUUUAAAAGCCAAAAAUAAUGUGCAUAAUAUCAUAGUUAUGUAAUAGCUGUUUGGGACUUUCAAGAACUGUGUCAAUGCAAAGCUUGCAAAAUUGCACUUUGUAGUUUACUGUAGAGAUUUUUGCCCUGUGUAAGAUUAAACCACAUUACUCUUCCUCACUGAAAUAUGUAUGCAUUAAGCUUAAAGUUGCAUCACUCAUUAUUUACAGAGUCGAUGGCAGUGGUCAACUGAAACAAAAUGACUAAGUAGUCCUUUGACAAAACCAGGACUAUAUAUUCCCUAUAUAACCGUACCUUUUGAUAAACUACAACAAACUUGUGUAAUCUGC